AUGGAUGAAUCAAUUUUAAACCAUUUAUUCCUCCCUCAUUAUCUACCAAAUUCAGCUGAUGAAGAUUUUUUGAUUAAGGGCAAGCACGAAAAUGAGUACAAACUACUUGACUGCCUUGAUGAAUAUUUCAAUUCNAUGAAAACGAUUGAUUCAUCAGCUUUUGACGAAAUGGCCAAACUUCGCCAGAAAACGGUUAUUAUCGGUACUGCUUGUCUUCUAACGUUUUCAGCACCAGCAGAUCGACUUAGACGUCUACUAUCAUCCAACGGACACGUGAUAUCUUUACUGAAAGCAUCCACGAUUGUUCAUGAUAAUUCUGUUUUGAACAAGAAUCGAUCGAGCCUAAGCACUUUCAUGCAAAAUAUUCUAAGAAUGAAAGAACGAAUACUAGUUAUGGUACAGCCGACGCUUACUGAGUUUCUUGAACGAACAUCCUAUGAAAGUUUAAAUGAAUUCUCUGCAAUUUACUGGACAGUUAUUCGAAGCCACGGUCGUAUGCACGGAAACUGGAGAAAACAAAAGAAUGAUCCACAUGAUGGAUGGUAUGAUGGACAAUACGAAUCACGACAUCUAUCAAUUGAUUUCGUUCAGGGUGCAUUUUUAGUUGAUGAUGCGACGAUUGGAUUUUUACCAGCAAACAUCACAACAAAUCCAUUAUUUAUCCGUGUAUUCGGUUCACAUGUUUUCGAAGUUCAAGCGGCCGAAUUACCACAUACUUAUAUCAGUAAAUAUUUGUAUCAUGGUGCCAGCAGAGCUCUUUAUGAAUUUCAUCUAGAUGAAGACACUAAACGUUUAACAAUCAAAGAACGUCAUGUAACGACCAAUGAUAUAUAUCAGUUAAUUCCUCAUGAUUGUUUCAAAAGUGAGCUAGCUGAUACAUUUGUUUCCGAUCACAGUCAUUGGUGGCAUGAGAAAAAGAAAAUAGUCGAAUUUCGACCAGUAAAAUUUCAAAAUAGCAAGUUCCUGGACAAUAAACCUUACGUAUUAGAAUUAGAUAAAGGAUUUAUAUUGACCACCGAUAAGACGAAUCAACAGGUGCUCAUCAAUCGAUCAUCAUCAUUCUUUCGAAUCUUAUUCAACGAAUAUUUCAAUCGUCUUGAUAAUCAUUCUUUCGUCUACAUGAUGCGAGAAAGUGAUUCCCAAUCGAAUAUUGUUGUUCACAUUCAUUUAUCUCGCCUGGGAAUUGCUUUCCAAUAUAAUAACACAACGGAUCGAAUCACAUCUCGUGAAUAUUCGGAUAUGUGUAUCGCUAAAGAUCAAUGGUUUGGGACGUUAACGGGUUUAACGUCUGGUCUUCUUCUCUCCCCAUUAUCUGAUAAUAAUCAUUGCAUGGCGAAUUAUCCUUAUCGAAAGCUGAUUGUACCUUUCGGAGAAGUUUGUAGUUCGAUCACUUCCCCCAAUGAACACCAGACGGUUAUCAUCAGCCCAACUUCAACAUCGGGUGCAUUUUCCCGUGAUUAUUUUGUGUUCAUUUUAAAUGAUCGGUUAAAAGUUCUACAAUCAACCGAUAGCCCGACCGGUUGGCUCUACUUAGCAUUGCUACAUGCAACGACUUCUCACCCUCUUCCUGAUCAAUACACUGGAAUGACAGGAAUGGAACGUGCCUUUCAACUUCUAAAAUCUGCUGGUUGUUCUUCGGAUCAACCUUUCGACGAACUUUCACUGAAGAUACUUGUUCAAAUCGCAUCGAUUACACCGAAAGUAGAGUACUAUCCAAAGAAUUUCCAAUCUAUGGAAAUCAUUCAUUGGAGUCAAAAUGGUCCACCUUAUUCGAUGCAACACUUUGGUUAUUAUUUCCUAGCAAAAGAGAUAUAUGCUGCUAGCCAACAAUUUAAUUUUAUGUACUCAUCAUCCUCCGAAGCGCAACUAACGAAGAUAUUUGAUGAAGAACAAUACAACGAACAGCUUCUGAAAAAGCUUUAUUGGAAUUAUCGAGACUCAUACAAUCCAAUGGUCAGAUUGCCUCAGGAGAUGGAAUUUCUCACUCCUUCUAUGUCUCCGCAUUCAUCAGCCAUUGAACAGUGUUCACAUGUAGCUAAUUGUUGUCCUGCUGAUUUAGUCCGUGAUUUAUACAACAGUGGAAGUGUAGAGCUUGUUGAUCAAGUCAUACAAAAUUGGUUACCUCUAUCUCGAUGGCUAACAGAAGGACGUAAUCUGAGAAAUAUUUGGAUUGGCUUGUUAGGAUUAGCAGAUCGUCUCAAAGCACAAGCAGCGGGAGCCAAUACAGAUGAUAUUCAACGAUUCGAAUAUAUAUUAGAUUUUCUGCAUUAUAUUUCGAAGAAAUGUAACAUUAAUCCAUAUUAUUUACAACUAUUGAAGACACAACUCAAAGCAUGGAACAUAACCCUACAAUCGGUUAUUUUUCCCCUGUUUACUACCUAUAAAAACAUCGAAGACAUCUCUGUUAAUGUAAAAUACUUGAGUUUUUUAGAUUCAUACAAAAACAAGGACAAACAGAUAGUUAUAUCAGAAGUACAGGCUUACUUUAGCGGCUCUGGCAAUUUCUAUAGCACACACAGCAUAGUAACGUCGACGGAAAUGAAUAAUAUCCAUCAAUUGAUAAUGUCUUGGCGCAACAAUGCAAAACUUCGAUCAUUUUUAGAAAUUCUUCGAAAUCUUUUCUGUCCCGUUCGAAUAGAAUUCUUUGAUACAAAGGUGACGUAUGUACCACAACAAUUUGCAUGCGAAUCGUUUGCAGAUCACUAUCAAAUAAGACUAAAGCGGUCGAACAAAGCUAUGGAUGCAAAUCUAUUGUCACAGGCAGAUGCAAAAUUUCAUCAAACCUAUCAAGGCCAUUUCACGAAAACAGCACAAUCUUCGCGCAGUAUUAUCAGACAACAGGGACCGUUUCCCGAAGAAAUCUUUUCAUCUGUCAGUCAGAAAGACAAUCCUCUAACUGAAAUUGGUGAUUUUUUCAAAAAACAACUAUCUGAAAGUUGGAACAAAUUUCUGGCAGAUAAACCAGCUCAAUAUAAAGAUCCCUUGACCGAAGAACUUAUUGAAUUGCUUCGAUCUUUCAAUGAAGAAUCCUUAGAAAGCUGGAAACUGUUAGAAGAAUCCUUGACGAAUUCAAAUGAGCAAUUUUUUCAGUCAGGUUUAACACUACGCAUUACACCGACAGCUCUUAUUCCACUUUUACAGCAAAUUACCACUAUGGUUACGUUGAGUACUGAACAACGUACAUUAUUCGGCGGUAUUCUUGUCAACUGGACUCUACAGCAACAAAUAGAACGAGCAUUACAUUUUGCUUACCUCAAUAAGUUGGACGAAUUCAAAAAAGAAGUAGCCAACACACCACACUCGAAUUGGAAGCCUUCGGAUUACAUUCCUUGGCUCAUUCUCGAGUUAGAAAUGAAUAUUACAAUUCGAGAAACACAAAUCGACGUCGCACGCCAUAUGAUGCAAAUCAAUAGUGGAACAAAUAAUUCGUUAUCCAAAAGUAUUGUGAUGCAGUUGAAUAUGGGCGAAGGAAAAACAUCAGUCAUUUUACCAAUGUUAGCACUCCGGCUGUCGGAGCCAAAUGCCACUUUAACUCGUAUAGUCGUGCUUAAAUCGUUAUUCCCAACAAAUUAUCAAUCACUACGGUACAAAUUAGGUGGCCUAUUAAACAGACGUGUUCUUGCCUUUGCCUGUCGUCGUGAUAUGAACUUCACCAAUGACCAAAUAAACAGAAUUUCUCGACGUUUUCAACAAGCGUUGAAUAAUUGUGAUGUGAUACUGACGUCACCAGAAGAUAUUUUAUCGUUUGAUUUACUCACACUGGACAAAAGCCGACGCGAAGAAUUUGAUGUUAGUCGUUCGAUGUUAACUAUGCAAAGAUGGCUAAAAAGGUACACUCGGGAUGUUUUAGACGAAUCCGAUGAGAUCCUACACGUUAAAUAUCAAUUAAUUUACACUGUAGGCACUCAACAGCAAGUGGAUGCAGGCGCAGAACGAUGGACAACGAUUCAAUCUAUACUGCAGCUAGUUAAAAUGCACGCAGAGCAGAUUUCAAUGGAUUUUCAAGAAGAUGUUUGUUAUAAGCCAGCAGAACGAAAAAGUGCCUUUCCGCAAUUUCGCUUACAGUCACAUAAACCAUUCUCAACUUUAUGUAAAAAGAUCGCUGACGAUUGGCUUAGUACACGACCUCACCGACAGAAACAACGAGACGAUAUCUCCGAGUUGGUUUUGAAUCCUGAUCUUUGUAUUGACGAAUAUGUUGAUGAGUAUUCACCCCUUGAUAUUCAGUUAUUCCUCGUUGUUCGCGGUCUCCUCUCAUCGGAAGUCUUAUUAGUUGCUUUGAAAAAGCGUUACCNUUUUAGAUAG